AUGAGCAUCGCAAUAGCACCGGAAAAGUUGGACGUCUAUAGAUGCGUCGGUCACUCGCGCGCCCUCUGCAGCUUUCGGCGCUCUGUCCGCCGUCCAGCGGCCCACUCUCCUCUACGGCCGGACUCGCCCCACCCGCGCAGACCGCGCGUCCAUCGCACACAAGGGCGCGGGCACACAGCGCGUAAUGCCUCCCCGUAUCAUUUGAACGACUCCGGGCCGCAUCAGGUUUUAAUAACCAUUGUAUUUGGCAACGAUCGAAAUGAGCGCGCGGGGAAAAUGUCUGGAAACUAUUUCGUUUUCCGCACCCCGCCGACGCGCCGCUGCGGC